GUUCCUUAGAAAAAAAAUCACCAAGGAGCGCACAGCCCGUCCCUCACCGCACUGCACUGCUAGAAGAAUAUGUUCCCGACAAGAGCGACUCCUGCGCUUUAACACUUGAGACAACAAUUCCACCGCGAAUCAUUUCAGUUGAAAUCACCGACCCAUCGCUGAGACCUCUCACCGACCCUCUCCAUUCUCUUUCUCUUCUUUCUCUGCGCUGGAUCUUUCGUGUGAGAAUAUGUGUGUGGAGAGCGAUGGAUGCGAGAUUGAAGGCUGCAGCAGUUUGGAUGAGGUGCGCACGCUGUCAGGCAGCAUGAGUCCCGCACUCAAAUCCAGCCCGGACCUUCACCCGUGUCAACCGGGGCACAAAUUCCGCGCCGCGCUGCUCAGAUGCCGCUCACCGGCUGCUGCCGCCGGGAUCCUCAGUUUUGGGAACGUCCUCAAUUACAUGGAUAGAUACACUGUAGCCGGGGUUCUGCUUGACAUCCAGCGGCAUUACGACGUAUCAGACAGUGGAAUUGGCUUGUUGCAAACAGUGUUCAUCUGCAGCUUCAUGGUGGCAGCACCCAUCUUUGGUUACCUGGGCGACCGCUUCAACAGAAAGGUCAUCCUGAGCUGUGGCAUUUUCUUCUGGUCCAUUGUUACUCUGUCGAGCUCCUUCAUCAGUAAAGAGUAUUACUGGCUGUUUGUACUCUCCAGGGGACUGGUGGGUAUCGGAGAGUCCAGCUACUCCUCCAUCUCCCCCACCAUCAUAGGAGACCUGUUCACUAAUAACAGCCGCACCAUGAUGCUCUCUGUCUUCUACCUGGCCAUCCCCCUGGGAAGUGGGUUGGGUUACAUCCUGGGCUCCAGCGCCAAGGUAGCUGCAGGAGACUGGCACUGGGCACUGAGGGUGUCCCCACUUUUAGGGAUCACCGCAGGAACUCUGAUCCUGCUCUUCGUGCCUGAGCCAAAAAGAGGCAUCGUUGACCAGAUGGGACGCAUCAGGACCCGCACCUCCUGGCUCUGUGACAUGAAGGCGCUCGCCAAGAAUCGGAGCUAUGUGUUCUCCUCCCUGGCAUCCUCGUCGGUGUCUUUUGCCACUGGUGCGUUUGGCAUGUGGAUCCCUCUGUACCUGUCCAGAGCUCAGGUGGUGCAGAAGACGGCCGAGGCCUGCACCAAAGAGAUCUGCAGUAGCACAGACAGCCUUAUCUUUGGGGUGAUCACCUGUGUGACGGGUCUGUUAGGCGUGGUCAUCGGGGCCGCCACGACGCGCCUGUGCCGCCAGAAGACAGAGCGAGCCGACCCGCUCGUGUGCGCUGUCAGCAUGCUGGGCUCGGCUAUCUUCGUCUGCCUCAUCUUCGUGGUGGCCAAGAAGAGCAUCGUAGGAGCUUAUGUUUGCAUCUUUAUAGGCGAGACGCUGCUUUUCCUGAACUGGGCCAUAACAGCAGACAUUUUAAUGUUUGUCGUUAUCCCAACGCGGAGAGCAACGGCGGUCGCUUUUCAGAGCUUCACCUCUCAUCUCCUGGGUGACGCAGGAAGUCCGUACCUGAUAGGCCUGAUCUCCGACGCCCUUCAGCAGAGCUACGCAACCUCGGCGCUGUGGCAGUUCCUCAGUCUGGGCUAUGCCCUCAUGCUCUGUCCAUUCAUCAUCGUCCUGGGGGGCAUGUUUUUCCUGGCCACUGCGCUGUUUUUCCUGGAUGACAGGGAGAAGGCCGAGAAACAGUAAGUGACUCAGACAGUGUUUGAAUAACUCAUCAUUAUUUCAUUUGUUAUUUAGCCAUUCAUUCUUUAAAUAUUUAAGACUUGCUUGAGAUGUUCUCUUUCUGAGCUCCACUAAUCCAAACACACCACCUCAGUGCAAGAGGCUGGAGAAGCAGCAAUAAUAUUGGUGUUAUUCUGAGUGCCAUACAGACAUAACGACGUUAGACAUGGUGACAAUUAUAUUCUCUUUAACCCAGUUGUGGGGUUUGAAGUGUGUCAGGGACAAGCUGCCCAGUGAUGCCAACAAUGGAGCUCAGAUAGACUCAGAAAGCAGAAGGGCCUCAGAGCCAAUAGAAAGUCCCAGUCAGCUACUAUAAAAGUGCUCCAGAGCUGACACAAGCUGUUCUAGCCAUCAAUUUGUUUAAGUGUCCUUACAUAGACUUUUACCAACUACCUCCCCUUUUAUUCAAGAAUUCACAUCAAAAAAUUGCUAAUUCGUUCAUUUCUUGGUUUGCAAGGAAUAAAAAAUGUCAACAAAACAUUCACAAUUUCCUCUUUCAAACACCAAAAAAUGUGACGAGCCCAGAGGUCACGGUAGCUGGUCAUAGCCUUAAAAGGCUAAAACAAACACACUCAUCCGCUUUCAGAUGGUGAGACAUGACUCCUUGUUUCUUUCUGACUAUUUCUUCCUACUUUUUAUCACACUGACUUACUCCCCUGGUGCCAGCGUUCUCAGAAAUGACUUCCUUCCUGUUGAAGAUGAGGGACAUUUUUAGACAGGAUGGCAGUCUGAUGUCUGUCUGCAGACAGCCUUGUCUUCACCCAAAGGAGUUUGUUGUUCCCACACCAAAACCCCUUAUUAAGACGGAUUUUUAGCACAAUUUAAGCAGAAUAAGCAUAUUUGAAAUCAUAUGUAUUGAAGAGGGCAGCUAGAAAUGUGGAAACUGAACUUCAAGUUUCAGUGGAAGUUUUUCAAGUUUUUAAUCCUGGGGUCAAGCUACCAUCCAAGCCGAUAUUAUGUCCUGUGUGUAAUCUUUUAAAGGGGUCUCUGCAAAGGCACCGCUAAGCUGAUGUGUGGCUUCUGUUGGGCCUGAUCCAGGGAAGAAAAGGGAAGAGAUGCAGAACAAUGACCAAAAUAAAAGUCCCACUCUUGCCGUCGUGCCAGUAAUAGAUACUAGUUUGUGGUCCAAUUUGUGGUUUAAGCUAUCUCACCACAUUAUUGCACAGUGUGGGCAGAUGGCACAUGUUCACUCAAACUAUAUCUAACCACAACCCCAUUGACUUUCACACUACAUGCUGUAGGGCAAAGCUAAUAGAGCAACAGAUGGAGUUAAAAAGACUCAGACUUGAAACACUUGGAGGCAUUGAAAGCUUAUUCCUGUAUUGGAUGUGCUUUAUUACAAAUAUGAUGCUCAACAUAGACGUGAGGAGGCUGGCUCAACAUUUCAAAGCUUAUACAGUACCUUAAAUAAAGGUUUAACAGUUGUAUUAAUCGUUAAUGAAUCAUUUACUAAUGCUUUAUAGAUUAGAUAUAGAUUAGAAGCUAUACGUUUUCGGUUGCCAGGUUGUGAAAAAUCUCUCUGGCUUUUGAGUCUUUAAUAAAGUCAAAUUAUCAGACCAUUAAUAAAGGGCAAGUUGUUUGUCACUUUCUAAUGAGCAAAGUCUGCAUGUUAAUAAGCCAUUAAUACAUGGUAACAAACAGCAAGUCUGCAGUUAUAAAUGGUAAUAACCAGCCUAAUUAGAAAUCUUUUCCUGAACUACAUACAUGUAUCCAGUACACAUGUAUAUUUGAUAUCAGAACAUUACACUGAGAAUACACUUUGAAACAUAUUCAAUAUCAAAAGCCUUACUCUCCUACUUUAACUUUAAUACAUUUCCAUCUGUAUCUACAAAGAACUGCCAGAAUCAGAAUAGUUCAUUUUGCACCUUCGCUUUUAUGCCUCACCUAUAGAUGGGUUAAUGAUACACCAGCUUGUCAGAUUACAUCAAGCUUUGUGUACAUAUAGCAAACAUAGCAUUGCAUACCUCACAUAGUAUACUAGAGGCCCCUAUAGAACUGUACAGAUUUGUACUAAACAUCCCAAUGAAGAAAAACCUCAAACUUAAACAGCAGCAGCUUUUAUGUAACGAGCUGCAAACAGCACCUUAGGGACCAAGAAAUAUGACAACAUCCACAACUUUGUACAACUAGGGUUGUUUCAUGACUGGGAUAUUUAUAGAUUCCAUUCAUGCUAUAAAGCCCCUGAUUUAUAAAUUCCCCCUGACUUUACAGAGCGCUUUGCGGCUUUUUCCCCUCCUUUGAGUGUGUCCUCAGAUAUUCAACGCUAUUUAUAAAAGGCGCGGAGCCGGGCAAGUUACUCACUGGAGCGCGCAUUUCUAUUUCCAGCCUUAAAGAGAGCUUUAUUAUUUCUAGGUUGUUAGCUUUUUUGGGCUGCAGGGUUGCCAUUAAUAGUCCACAUUUACACUUAGUGAUGUGUGAGAGCAAAACUGUCUCAUCCGCCAUGCCGGUGCGCUUUGACAAUAGAGAUUCAGUGUGGGUCAGGGCAGGGUGAGCACUACAGCCUGGAGGAUCAGCAGAUUGUGACAACUGACAGACCGAGGAAGACAGUUAGCCUGUGACGAGCGAAACUGGGAGAAUUUUUUGGAAAAAGAGAAAAAUAAAUGUUAGAUGUGAUUUGAGAAGAUCUGUCUGA